AUGCGGUACCCUAGGAACGUGUCAGCAUGGGGCACGUCACCAGGAGUUGAGCUGGGAAUGGACGGGCCACGCCAGGAGCUCCAGGGCAGAGACAACAAGAGUAAGAGGGGCUCUGCAGUCGCAGGCCGGCUGGAGUCGCGGUUCCCCGUUCCAUCACCUGGGCAGGUUGUCAAUGGCGUGGUGGUGGGACACCAGCGCAGGCUCUCCACGCUGGUUCUCCCAUGGCUGUAUCUGAGGUUUGCAGCAGACCUGCCGCAUCGGGAGGAGAUGGAGGAGGCGCCCAUGGUCCCUGGACACCGCCUCGCUUCCCAGGACUCCCCCGUUUUCUUCUGUCACUGGAUGGGCCUCGGAGACGCGGUGGGCUCCUGCCGCCUCAUCCCCCAGACUGGCGCCCACAGGCUGCGGCUGUACGAGAGAGAAGACCACAAGGGCCUCAUGAAGGAGCUGAGCGAGGACUGCUCCAGCAUCCAGGACCGCUUCCACCUGGCUGAGGUCCGCUCCCUCCACGUGCUGGAGGGCUACUGGGUCCUCUACGAGAUGCCCAGCUACCGGGGGCAGCAGUACCUGCUGAGGCCGGGCGAGUACAGGCACUACCAGGACUGGGGGGCCGUGGACGCUAAGGCAGGAUCUUUGCGGAGGGUGGUGGAUUUGUACUGA